AUGAAAAAUUUAAGCGCUAAAGUCGUAUGGCAACAAACGUUGAAUGGAAAAAUGGCCGACGAAACAUCUGUAAAUAAUGAAAACCAUGGAACUAAAUCUGCGCCAGCAAUGAUUUGCGACAGUCCUGUGACAGAUCCUGGUUCCACUAUUAAAAUAUUCGAUGGUUCUAAUAAUUUUGGUGCGGAAAGAGCUAAAAUUGAAAUGCAAUCAUCGACGGCUUUAAAAAAAUCUAACCGGUAUCGAAGUCGUUCGUUGUCAGCGUCUUCCCAAGAUUCAUAUAGUUCUGCUUCCUAUACUGAAAGUAGUUCUGAAGAAGAUGACGUUUCUCCAAGAGAAAAAAUACAAAAAAAUUCUUCAGGUUUUAAAGAUUUUUGUGUACGAAAUAUAGCUCAAAGUGCUUUUGGGAGAAGGGAAAUAGAAAUAGCUGAACAAGAAAUGCCUGGUAUCAUGGCUCUUAGAAAAAGAGCUGUCGAUGACAAGCCUUUAAAACAAGCUAAAAUAGUAGGAUGCACUCACAUAAAUGCUCAGACAGCUGUAUUAAUUGAAACUUUGACAGCAUUAGGAGCUCAAAUUCGAUGGGCUGCAUGUAAUAUUUACUCGACUCAAAACGAAGUUGCAGCUGCUCUUGCUGAAUCAGGUUUGUCAGUGUUUGCCUGGAGGGGUGAGACAGAAGAAGAUUUUUGGUGGUGCAUUGAUAGGUGUGUUAAUGCUGAAUAUUGGAGACCAAAUAUGAUAUUGGAUGAUGGAGGAGAUGCGACUCAUUUGAUGCUAAAAAAAUAUCCAGGAAUGUUUAAAAUGAUUAAAGGCAUAGUCGAAGAAAGUGUAACUGGAGUACAUAGAUUAUAUCAACUUUCCAAAGCAGGUAAACUGUCAGUUCCAGCGAUGAAUGUAAAUGAUUCUGUAACUAAAACAAAAUAUGAUAACCUGUACAGCUGUAGAGAAUCUAUAAUUGACAGUUUAAAAAGGUCGACAGAUGUUAUGUUUGGAGGUAAACAAGUUGCAGUUUGCGGAUAUGGAGAGGUGGGAAAAGGAUGUUGUCAAGCCUUGAAAGGUCUCGGAUGUGUUGUGUAUGUCACUGAAAUUGAUCCGAUAUGUGCUUUACAAGCUUGCAUGGAUGGUUUUAGAGUUGUUAAAUUAAAUGAAGUUAUUCGUAAUGUUGAUAUCGUUGUUACUGCCACAGGAAACAAAAACAUAGUAACAAGAGAGCACAUGGAUAAGAUGAAAAACGGUUGCGUUGUUUGCAACAUGGGUCACUCAAACACAGAAAUAGAUGUUAAUAGUUUAAGAACGCCGGAUUUAACUUGGGAAAAAGUAAGGUCUCAGGUAGAUCAUAUCAUAUGGCCGGACGGUAAGAGAAUCGUUUUGUUGGCCGAAGGUAGAUUAGUUAAUCUUAGCUGUUCGAGUUUACCCUCGUUUGUCGUGUCAAUAACGGCAGCAACGCAAGCAUUAGCUCUCAUAGAAUUGUUUAACGCUCCUCACGGACGAUACAAAUCCGACGUUUAUUUAUUACCGAAAAAAAUGGAUGAAUACGUUGCCAGUUUACACCUUCCGACGUUCGAUGCUCAUUUAACGGAAUUAACAGACGAUCAAGCUAAAUACAUGGGCUUGUCGAAAGCGGGUCCGUUCAAACCAAACUACUAUAGAUAUUAG